GCGGCGGCGACGGCGGCGGCCCGAGAAGCAGGCGCUCGAGAAGCAGGCGCCCGAGCAGCGCGAGCGACCGAGCGGGCGGCGGGGGCCGCGGGGAGAGCGGCGGCCCGGCCUCGGCACUCGGAGGGCGGCGGAGGUGCGCCCCGGAGCCAUGGUGAUCAUGUCGGAGUUGAGUGCGGCCCCCGCGGGCUCCGGCCAGAGCCAGCAGAAGCCCCUCCGGGUGGGCUUCUACGACGUCGAGAGGACCCUGGGCAAGGGCAAUUUCGCCGUAGUGAAGCUGGCCCGGCAUCGAGUCACCAAAACCCAGGUUGCAAUAAAAAUAAUCGAUAAAACUCGAUUAGACUCCAGUAAUUUGGAGAAAAUAUAUCGUGAGGUUCAGAUCAUGAAGCUUCUGAAUCAUCCUCACAUCAUAAAGCUUUAUCAGGUUAUGGAGACAAAGGAUAUGCUUUACAUUGUCACCGAAUUCGCGAAAAAUGGAGAAAUGUUUGAUUAUCUGACCUCCAACGGGCACCUCAGCGAGAACGAGGCACGGAAGAAAUUCUGGCAGAUUCUGUCCGCCGUGGAGUACUGCCACAGCCACCACAUCGUCCACCGGGACCUGAAGACCGAGAACCUGCUGCUGGACGGCAGCAUGGACAUCAAGCUGGCAGAUUUUGGAUUUGGGAAUUUCUACAAGUCGGGAGAGCCCCUGUCCACGUGGUGUGGGAGCCCCCCGUACGCGGCCCCGGAAGUCUUUGAGGGGAAGGAGUACGAAGGCCCCCAGCUGGACAUCUGGAGCCUCGGCGUCGUGCUGUACGUGCUGGUGUGCGGGUCGCUCCCCUUCGACGGACCCAACCUGCCGGCGCUGCGGCAGCGGGUGCUGGAGGGCCGCUUCCGUAUCCCGUUCUUUAUGUCUCAAGACUGUGAGACGCUGAUCCGCCGCAUGCUGGUGGUGGACCCCAGCAAGCGCAUCACCAUCGCCCAGAUCCGGCAGCACAGGUGGAUGCAGGCCGAGCCCCCGGUGCCGCGGCAGGCCUGCACGGCCUUCUCUGCGCUCAGCUACAACGCCAGCCCGGGCCGCUACGACGAGCAGGUGUUGGGGAUCAUGCACACCCUGGGCAUCGACCGGCAGAGGACCGUGGAGUCACUGCAGAACAGCAGCUACAACCACUUUGCUGCCAUUUAUUACCUCCUCCUCGAGCGGCUGAAGGAGCAUCGGCACACACAGCCGUCGGCGCGGCCCGGCCUGGCCCGGCAGCAGAGGCCGCGCAGCUCGGAUCUCGGCGGCUUUGAGGUGCCUCAGGAAGGCCUGUCUGGUGACUCUUUCCAGCCCUCCCUGCUGUGCCCACAGCCCCAGGCCUUCGGGCAGUCUGUCUUGCAGGCAGACACGGACUGUGACCCCCUCAGCUCACUCCAGCCCUUGCUCUUCCCCCUGGACGCCAACUGCAACGGAGUGUUCCGGAAUCGCCCCAUCUCCCCGAGCGGCCUGCUAGACGCGAGCAUCAGUGAGGAGGUCAGGCAGGGCCAGGGCCUGGAGGAGGAGCGGGAGCCGCAGGAGCCCCUGUCCGGCGGCACAGGCCGGAGGCACACGCUGGCCGAGGUCUCCACCUGCUUCUCCCCGAGUGCCCCUCCGUGUAUCGUCGUCUCCUCCUCCGCCGCGAGCCCUUCGGAGGGCACCAGUUCCGACAGCUGCUUGACCUUCUCGGCCGGCAACGGCCCAGCGGGGCUCAGUGGACGCCUGGCCGCCCAGGGGCUGGUGGGCACCUGUUCCCCUCUCAGACUGGCCUCACCGCUCCUGGGGGCCCAGUCUGCCACCCCGGUGCUGCAGGCUCAGGGGGCCCCAGGAGGGGUCACUCUGCUCCCCAUCAGCUUCCAGGAAGGCCGGAGGGCGUCGGACACCUCGCUCACUCAAGGGCUGAAAGCCUUCCGGCAGCAGCUGAGGAAGAGCACGAGGGCCAAAGGGCUCCUGGGCCUGAACAAGAUCAAGGGGCUGGCUCGCCAGGUGUGCCCGCCCUCCUCCUCCAGCCGGGCCACGAGGGGCGGCCUGAGCGCCUUCCAGCUGCCCGCGCCGAGCCCGGGCCCGCACGGCGGCGGGGCCGGCAGCCGGGAGGGCCGGAGCCUGCUGGAAGAGGUCCUACACCAGCAGAGGUUGCUCCAGCUCCAGCACCACCCAGCGGGCCCGCCCGGCUGCCAGCAGGCCCCCCAGCCGCCCCCGGCCCCGCUGGUCCUCGCCCCGUGCGACGGCACGCUCCUUGUGUCGGGACUCCAGAAGGAGCUGGGGCUGGCGCCCGGCCCGCUGCUGCCGCCCCACUUCCUGCAGGCGGGGGGCUCCCCGGUGGCGGCGGCGGCCCAGCUGCUGGACACCCACCUGCACAUCGGCAGCGCCACAGCCCCGCUGCCCGCCGCCACGCUGCCCCCGAGCUUUGUGGCCGCGGGGCUGCCGCAGGCGGACUGUGAGAUAGAGGACCUGACCUCGGGCCGGCUGGGCACCUUCGUGCUGGUGCAGUGAGGACCCCCCCGCCUGCGGCUCGGGCCGGCCGGCCCUUCGAAGCAAUAAUUUCAGAGUAUGUGAAGACGUUUCCGGACUCGAAGCCAAUAAGUUUCUAGAAGCGAAACAAGCAAUACGUUUGGUGUUUUGGCUUUUUA